AACUUGCAGCACGAACUCAAACAAGGCUCUGAAGUGCUGGAAGAGCAGUGAACUGCAUUAGAAGCUGGAUCUGUGCUGAAUCCUGCAAACAUGAUUGCCUCCACACAGCAGAACAUGACAACGGAGCUGCAGGACCUCGGAAGCACGGGAGGACCUCCUCGGAAUUGGAAGGGAAUUGGGAUCGCCAUGGUGGUCAUCUUGGGGGUCAUGUCUCUGGUCACCCUCUCAAUUUUUCUGCUCACACCUGACGAGUCUCACCUCCUGCUGCUGUCUCGUCUCACUCUGGAGAACCUGGAGAGCGAGGAUUUCAGAGUUCAUGACCCAUGUGCGACGUGGCUAAAUGAGAACGAGGUGUCACUUUGCACACGGGAGGGUCACGUUUUAAUCCACAGUCUCAGCACCAAUCUAACCACCACGCUAUUGGACAACAGCACCCUGGAUCUGAAGUCCAUGAGGUUCCAGGUUUCAGCUGAUAAGAAGUUCAUCCUGAUGGCUUAUAAUAUCCAACAUGUAUUCUCACAGUCCUUCACAGCAUCCUUUGCAAUCUUCACAGUGGCCAGCGGGGAGAUUACAGACCUCACCCCAUCAGAGGAGGAUACAUCUGUACUUCAGUAUGCAGCAUGGGGACCUCAAGGGAACCAGUUGGUCUCUGUCUUUGAAAAUGACAUCUACUACAAGCCAGAUGUUUUUAGCAAAGCGAUGCGUCUGACAGCCACGGGCAGAAACGGAAUGGUGGUUAAUGGACUGUCUGAUUGGACCUAUGAGGAGGAGAUACUGCUGAAAUACCCUGCGUUCUGGUGGGCAAAAGACGGCGCGCGCCUGGCAUAUCUGUCUAUUAACAACUCAGCAACUCCUUUUAUGGAAAUUCAUCACUUCCUGGGCGGGAUCUACCCUUCUAAUUUCCUCUACCCGUAUCCGAAGGCGGGUUCCAGAAUCCCAUCAGCCAGUCUGUUUGUGGUGAAUUUAUAUGGUCCAGCACACACAUUAGAGAUGAUUCCUCCAGACUCCCACAACAGCAGAGAUAGCUACAUCUCUAUGGUGAGCUGGAUAAGCAGCACGCGUCUGACUGUGCGCUGGUUAAACCGGGCCCAGAACCAGUCUGUGCUGUGUGUGUGUGAGGCUACGACAGGAGCCUGCUCAGAGAGGCACCAAAUGGCGAUGGACUUCUGGCACAACAACCAGCAGCAGGAGGAGCCGUUGUUCACAGCAGAUGCUUCCCUGUUUUACCUCAUCCUGCCUGCCAAGCAAGGGGCCCGUGGGGAGUUUCUCCACAUCGCCAGCCUCCCCGCUCAGACUUCCACUCCUUCUGUUUCUCCUCGCUUUCUAACAUCAGGGAACUGGGAUGUAACCUCACUGUGCGCCCUUGACGAGGAGAACGAUAAAAUCUAUUUUCUGAGUACGGAGGAGUCGCGGCAGAGCAGACACUUAUACAGCGUGGAGCUCGGAGGAGUGUUUCAUCGCCAGUGUCUGACAUGCAACCUGUUUGAGCGAUGCAGCUUCUUUAAAGCAGACUUCAGUCCCAAUCAGACAUACUUUACCCUCUAUUGCUUGGGCCCAGGUGUCCCAAAGGUAACCAUUCACAGCACAAGUGACCCUUCCAGAUACACAGUGGUGGAAGACAACAGCCUCCUCGCUAUGUCUCUUGAAACCAAGAGGCUCUCGGAGACGGUUUUCCAGACGCUUUCUUCUGACAACAGCGACCUAGAUCUGAAGAUGUCCCUGCCUCCUGGGUAUGAGGGAAACCUACACUCUCUCCUUAUUAUCAUUCUUCAGUUGCAGAGCUCUGACAUCAGCUUUCUUUUGUCCUCACAGGGAUUCGGUGGCUAUUUAGGUUUGAAGAUGUUGACGGCAACCGAUCAGAUGUUCAAAUGUGCCGCUGUCAUGGCUCCCAUCACAGACUUCAAGCUCUAUAGUGCUGCUUUCUCAGAGAGAUAUCUAGGCCUUCCAGCUAAAGAGGAGCAUUCGUACACGGCUGCAUCUUUGUUGGAUGACAUUCACAAGCUAAAAGAUGAAAACUUCCUCCUCAUACACGGGACUGCAGAUGCACGGGUACAUUUCCAACACAGCGCUGAGUUGUUGAGUCGUCUGGUGAAGGUAGAGGCCAACUACACCCUUCAGCUGUACCCAGAUGAAGGUCACUCCUUAAGAGAAGAGCGGAGCAACCAACACCUGCACCGUACACUCCUUCACUACUUCCAAAACUGCCUCAAAUACGACCCCUUCCUCAACAUAGAGGAGGAAGAGGAGGACGACGAAGAGGAAGAAUGAUCUCUUCCACUGUGUCCGCUCUCGGUCCUCAGAGGUGCCCAGUACUGGUGUCUAACUUCAGGAUGCGUUAUUUCACCAAAGGAAAAAAUGAGCAAAAUGGAGAUCAAGAGGACCAAAUUCACCAGCUAUUUUGACUCAAUUUUGGGAUUUUUUUUUUUUUUUUUCAGACUGCAACCGUCAAUGUUUCCUGAGCGUCCAGGAAGAUGAAAUACAACUGCUCUGGUUCAUACAGUUUUCAAGGAAAUCACGCACAGUAUAAUGUCUAAAGGACCCCAUGCAAUCAACAUCUUAAGUCAGUUUAUGUGUAAAAUGGGUAAAAGAUGCAUGUUGAUCAGUCUUGAUAUUGCAGCGCCACCCUGUGUUCAAAGAUGGGAAAAAUACCAGUGGUUUACAGAUUCAGUGUUGUUAUUGUUUACUAAAACUAUUUU